CACACCUCUGGAACACCUUUCGGCUGCCUGCUCCCCAGACACACCUGCAGCCCUGCCCAGCCAGCUCUGCUCACCCACUGCUUGUAAAUGUCCCAGACAUGAGCCAGCCCAGGCCCCGCUACGUGGUAGACAGAGCUACCUACUCCCUCACCCUCUUCGAUGAUGAGUUUGAGAAGAAGGAUCGGACAUACCCACUGGGAGAAAAACUUCGCAAUGCCUUCAGAUGUUCCUCGGCCAAGAUCAAAACCACAGUGUUCAGGCUGCUCCCCGUGCUCUCUUGGCUCCCCAAGUACAAGGUCAAAGACUACAUCAUCCCUGACCUUCUUGGCGGCAUCAGCGGUGGAUCCAUCCAGGUCCCACAAGGCAUGGCGUUUGCUCUGCUGGCCAACCUUCCUGCAGUCAACGGCCUCUACUCCUCCUUCUUCCCCCUCCUGACCUACUUCUUCCUGGGGGGUAUCCACCAGAUGGUGCCAGGUACAUUUGCCGUUAUCAGCAUCCUGGUGGGUAACAUCUGUCUGCAGCUGGCCCCAGAGUCGAAAUUCCGGGUCUUCAACAAUGCCACCAAUGAGAGCCAUGUGGACACAGUGGCCAUGGAGGCCGAGAGGCUGCACGUGUCGGCAACGCUAGCCUGCCUGACUGCCAUCAUCCAGAUGGGCCUGGGCUUCGUGCAGUUCGGUUUUGUGGCCAUCUACCUCUCUGAGUCCUUCAUCCGGGGCUUCAUGACAGCUGCUGGCCUGCAGAUCCUGAUCUCCGUGCUCAAGUACAUCUUCGGACUGACCAUCCCCUCCUACACAGGCCCAGGGUCCAUCAUCUUUACCUUCAUUGACAUUUGCAAAAACCUUCCCCACACCAACGUCGCCUCGCUCCUUUUCGCCCUCAUCAGCAGCGUGUUCCUGGUGCUGGUGAAGGAGCUCAACACUCGCUUCAUGCACAAGAUCCGCUUCCCCAUCCCUACAGAAAUGAUCGUGGUAGUGGUGGCAACAGCUAUCUCUGGGGGCUGCAAGAUGCCCAAAAAGUAUCACAUGCAGAUCGUGGGAGAGAUCCAACGAGGGUUCCCCACUCCCGUGUUGCCUGUGGUUUCACAGUGGAAGGACAUGAUUGGCACAGCCUUCUCCCUGGCCAUCGUGGGCUACGUCAUCAACUUGGCUGUGGGCCGGACCCUGGCCAGCAAGCACGGCUAUGACGUGGAUUCUAACCAGGAGAUGAUCGCCCUGGGCUGCAGCAACUUCUUCGGCUCCUUCUUUAAAAUCCAUGUCAUUUGCUGUGCUCUCUCUGUCACUCUGGCUGUGGAUGGAGCUGGAGGAAAAUCCCAGAUGUCAAGCCUGUGCGUCUCCCUGGUGGUGAUGAUCACGAUGCUGGUCCUGGGGUCCUACCUCUACCCUCUCCCCAAGGCUGUGCUAGGAGCCCUGAUUGCUGUCAACCUCAAGAACUCCCUCAAGCAACUCGCCGACCCCUACUACCUGUGGAGGAAGAGCAAGCUGGACUGUUGCAUCUGGGUGGUGAGCUUCCUCUCUGCCUUCUUCCUGAGCCUGCCGUAUGGUGUGGCAGUGGGUGUCGCCUUCUCCAUCCUGGUUGUGAUCUUCCAGACUCAGUUUCGAAAUGGCUAUACUUUGGCCCAAGUCAUGGACACUGACAUUUAUGUGAAUCCCAAGACCUAUAAUAGGGCCCAGGAAAUCCAAGGGAUAAAGAUCAUCACUUACUGCUCCCCUCUCUACUUUGCCAACUCGGAAAUCUUCAGGCAAAAGGUCACUGCCAAGACAGGUGUGGACCCCCAGAAAGUAUUGCUGGCCAAGCAAAAAUACCUCAAGAGGCAGGAGAAGGGGAGAACAGUGCCCAUGCAACAGAGGAAGUCCCUAUUUAUGAAAACCAAGACUGUCUCCCUGCAGGAGCUGCAGCAGGACUUUGAGAAUGGCUCCCCAACUGACCCCAACAACAACCAGACGCCUGCUAAUGGUGCCAGCGUGUCCUACAUCACCUUCAGCCCUGACAGCUCCACAGCUGCCAGUUGUGAGCCCCCGGCCUCCGCUGAGCCCAGUGACAUCCUGGCCAGCGUCCCACCCUUUGUCACCUUCCACACCCUCAUCUUCGACAUGAGUGGGGUCAGCUUUGUGGACUUGAUGGGCAUCAAAGCCCUGGCCAAGCUGAGCUCCACCUAUGGGAAGAUCGGUGUGAAGGUCUUCUUGGUGAACAUUCAUGCCCAGGUGUACAAUGACAUUAACCAUGGUGGCGUCUUCGAAGAUGGGUGUCUAGAGCGCAACCACGUCUUUCCCAGCAUACACGACGCAGUCCUGUUUGCCCAGGCAAAGGCCAGGGAAGUGGCCCCAGGACGCAACUUCCAAGGGGCUCCAGUGGACCCUGAGCUCUCUUUGUACGAUUCAGAGGAGGACAGUCCCAGCUGCUGGGACUUAGAGCAGGAGAUGUUCGGCAGCAUGUUUCAUGCAGAGACCCUGACCGCCCUGUGAGGGCCCAGCCGGUUCCCGUGCUGCCUGCAGAGCACCUGGCACCUGGGACUCCCAUGAAGGAUGAGAUCAUGGGAUCAUGAUCAUCUCCUGGGAUCAUGGAGAGUGGCGGGUAGAGGAGAACACCUCCACCAGGACUCCAGUACCUCUCCAUCCUCCUCCUCCUCUCUCAUUCCCCUCCUGGCAUCUCUAGAGCAAGCCAAUCUCAAUGGCAGGGAGAGACACCUCUCCAUCCUUCUGCUGACCCUCAGGGCCCCAGCCAACAGCAAGCAAGCCUCCUGCCCACUCCACCGCUCCCACCCACAGCCUGCCUGUGGCAGCUGACAGGACCCCCGACUGCUGGACUUUGAGCCAGGAACAGAGAGGAAGCCGUGUGCUGACUUACAGUGCAAGCUUCGAAAGUGUCCUGGCUCCAGCAUGGCUUGGUGUCAGAUGGUGUCAAGCUGUCACAGGACACACAGACGAACUUGCUUAGGACUCUGUGGCUUGCCCUCUCCAGCUGCCCAGAGUCUGUCUCUGGCAGCUCUGUGCCCCUGGGACCAUGUGCUCCCACAACCCAGGUAUCUCUGUCUUGGUGACUAUGUCCCCUUCCUCCUCAUCUCAAGGCUGCUGAGACCUCCACUACUAUUUAGCACAUCAGACUCUAGCCUGGGGAGUGGCUACCAGAGCUACCACCCCAGGGGCAGCCCACCAAGGUAGCCACACCAGCCUCCUGAAACAUUAUCACUCCCCCUGCCCUCAAGGGCUGCUUCCUUCUACUUGAGACCAGGUAGGAACCCAAAAGGGACAGGGGGGUAGCUGGCAGAAUCCUCUGGCAGCCCAGCAACAGAUACUAGUUAUUCUGCACAAAAGCUUUCCCUCUUUGUACUGGAGAUGUGGAGGGGCAGGGGCGCUAGUACCAAUCCAGGGCAAACUGGUGGGACCUGGGCCCCGACAGUCUCCCUGACCUUAGCAAUGCCUCCCCCACUUGGGAAAUCUGCCUUGUCCUCUUCAUUUGGCAAAGAGCCAAUGAUUUUAACUCUCCCUUAUCAGCUUGGGGCCUGAAUCGUUCAGCCAGGCAAGGGAGGACACCCCACCAAGGGCAUAUCCCAACUGGGUAACAAGCAUGGAGAAGGGCUGAUCCAGACUGGGUCUUCCUCCACAGGGAUUCCUUAACAAACUCAGGACCUGAGGCCAUCUCCUUCUAGGAGAGAUGAGAAGAGGGGUUAAGUUCUCUCUAUACAUAAGAAGGUAGAGAAACCCCACUGUUGACUUGAAAAUAAAUAGGUUCCAUGUGCAAGUGUUUGGGAAAUUUUCCAUGGAAGUGCACCAAAAACCUUUUGGCCUCUCCCCACUGAUUCUCCCAAGUUCCUUCAAUGAAUGAUCCCUGCCCAACAGGUUGGGCUGGCCCAGCCUGGAAAAAUGUCCGAAUUCCUAACUUCAGCCUGACCUGCACUGUGUGCCUGUGCAUUGAGUGAGCUGGUCAGCUAGCAAGUCUUCGUAGAGUUAAAGGAGGGGGUGCUGGUGAAGAGCCAACAGAUUCUUGGCCUACAAGCAUUGCUUCUUUGUGAAUUCAUUAUGCCAUCUGGCUGCCAAUGGAACUCAAAACUUGGAAGGCAGAAGACAAUGUUAUCUGGGAUUUACCGUGCCCAGCACCCGAAGUGCCAGAUUUCGAGAGGACAAGAACCGUAGCCAAUGAAAACUCACCCUCCCCUGCUCCACCUCCUGCAAAGUCCAGCUCAGGCCCAAGAGGUGUGGGAAGGUCACAGAGCCUCAGGACAUCCCAAGUUAGAGGUGCCUUGUGAACCAAGUGUCUAGAACCCUUGAGGACUUGAUGAAGUGACUGUUAACCCCCAGGCCAGCCCCAGACCAACAGGUGAUUGCUGACUCACAGUGGCCUGGAGUUGGGAGCUCAAGGAGGGAUCCUGAAACAUGUCCAAGGGUGUAAGUACUCAUAGAGACCACAGUGGAUGUAAGAUUGGAAACACCUGGGGUGGAGGGAGGCCUUGAAGAGAACUUCACUGUUAGAAUACUUUGGAAAGGACAUAAAUUCACACAGACCACUCACUGGACAUGACUGAGGCAAGAAAGGAGAGCAAGAUAGUGAAAUAAUCCAGAAUUUCAAUACUUUUGAAUGUUCUUAGUUAUACUGACCUGCAAUAAUGUGGUUCCUGGAGAAGACCAGGACUCUUGAGAUAUUUGUGUAAUUUAUUUAAU